AUGCAAGAUUCACACGAAGAAGUGCAGAUUGAUUUGUUGAGCAAUGGAAAGAAGAGAUUUCCUAGCGGUGAUGCGUCCCCAGAACGCGACGUGUGGGAGAGGAAGAUCGAAUAUCUCUUUUCCUUAAUAGGUUACACCGUCGGACUUGGCAGUUUGUGGCGGUUUCCCUACCUAUGCAUGAAAAAUGGCGGAGGCGCAUUCCUCAUCCCUUUUACGUUCUUCAUGGUGACUUGUGGAUUUCCCCUGUACUACCUAGAGUUGUUACUGGGUCAGUUCUCUGGGAAAAGUCCAAUGGUCGUUUGGAAUAUAUGUCCUCUUUUUAAAGGAUUGGGAUUCAUGAUGGUAUUUGUUUCCCUAGUCGUCACGUGGUAUAUUGGCGUAGUUCUUGCUUGGGUCUUGUACUAUCUCGGGUACUCGUUCGCGACAAAUCUUCCCUGGUCUUCCUGUGACAACGAAUGGAAUACGGACCAAUGCGUGGUGUUUCGCACAGUACCAUCAGCCUCCACCAAUGUGUCCGACAUAUCUAACAACACAUAUAUAAGUUCCCUCAAUUCUACAUUUAGAGAAAACAGGACAGAAGGCAUUGAAACAUCAGCUAAAGAAUUUUGGAGAUACAAGGUGCUGAAUAUAUCCAAUGGCAUCGAUGAGGUGGGAACCAUUCAGUGGCAUACGGUCCUGGUACUACUUCUGGCAUAUGCUUUAUCAUUUGUAUGCAUUGUGAAGGGCGUCAAAUCAGUUGGUAAGGUAGUUUACGUCACAGCAACUCUUCCUUACCUCCUUCUUACCGUGAUCCUUGUCCGGAGUCUGACUCUAGACGGCGCUGUCGACGGAAUCAUCUAUUACAUAAAGCCAGAUUUCAGCAGACUAAUGCAUUUUCAGGUGUGGUUUGAAGCUGCCCUUCAGGUUUUUUAUUCUUUAGGGCCCUCAUGGGGCGGGGUUCUUACCAUGGCUAGUUUUAACAGAUUUCACAACAAGUGUCUGGGUGAUGCCAUUUUGGUUGUGUUUAUGGACCUAUUCACAGCAUUUUACUGUGGAUUUGUCGUCUUCUCUAUUGUCGGAUUCCUCGCACAUAAGUCGGGGAUGAAGGUGGAUGAGGUAGUGGAAGCAGGUCCAGGUUUGAUUUUUCUAACUUACCCAGAAGCCCUAAUACGACUUCCGCUUCCGCACAUGUGGUCUGUACUCUUCUUUGUCAUGGUGGUUUUCGUUGGAAUAGACAGUCAGUUUGGUUUGUUGGAGACCAUCGUCAGUGGACUUGUUGACAUGUACCCGAAGACGCUAGGAAAACACAAGUUACUCGUGCUUAGCAUAUUGUUCCUGUUUUACGUCGUCACAAGUUUGAUUUUCGCCUCACAGGCUGGGGUAUACGUGUUCAAACUCAUAGACUGGUAUAUCGCAGCCUACUGUAUUUUCCUUGGGUCACUCCUGGAGUGUGUGGUGAUUGCCUGGCUUUAUGGUGCCGAGAGAUUUAGCCGAGACGUGGAACUAAUGACUGGACGAUCGGUUCACAUACUCAUACGAUGGUCCUGGUAUAUUUUGGUACCGAUUGCAAUGUUUAUAUCUCUUAUCCUCGUCAUGACCAACAUGACUAGCCCUUCGUCUAAAGAGUACACAUACCCGAGCUAUAUUGGAAUCGUGGGUAACAUGAUCGGAAUCCUCCCCAUUCUACCUAUACCGUUGUUUAUGCUUACUCAGCUUCUAUCGGAGUCGGGCACCCUAAAACAGAGAAUCAAGAAUCUAGUUAGACCAUCUCCUGACUGGGGACCCAAUAACGCCCAGGAACGGGAGACAUACGUAGUGUAUGAGUAUAGUAGCAGUAUGUGGCAAAACAUGAGGGUAGAUUUGUUCGGUCAACGUAAAAAACUAUAA